AUGAGCAAAAUUAUAGAAAUCAGAGCACCAAAGACUCUUGGUGGUGAGUCAGUUACGGAAGGUAUAGUAAAAAUAAAGAAAAAUAUUGGAGAAGCAGUAAAAGUAGAUGACUUGAUCUUUGAAAUUGAGACUGACAAAACAGCACUCGAAUUAACUGCAGAAGCUUCAGGGCAAAUAACUGAAUUUCUUGUAAAGGAAGAUGAUGUGAUAAGUCCUGAUCAAUUGUUAGCGAAGCUUUCUGUGGGGGAAGUAAAAGAGGAAGCGAGAAAAGAAGAUAAAAGCGAAAGUUCUGCUAAAAAAGAUGCUCCAUCAGCUCGCAAAAUUAUGGAGGAAAAUGCAAUCAAUGCAGAAAGUGUUAAAGGAACUGGUAUGGGGGAUAGAAUAACAAAAGCAGAUGUGAUAGGCCAUAUAAACAAAGCAGAACAGUCUGCAAUAAAACAAUAUGAAUUGCCAAAAAGUGUAGUAAAUGGAGAGCAAAGAGAGGAACGAGUAAAAAUGAGCAAAAUAAGGCAAGUAAUUGCCGCUCGUUUGAAAGCGUCGCAAAAUACUGCCGCAAUACUGACCACGUUCAAUGAAAUUGACAUGAAAAAUGUCAUGGAUCUAAGAGCAAAAUAUAAGGACACUUUUGAAAAAAAAUAUGGAAUAAAACUUGGUUUUAUGUCGUUUUUUAUAAAGGCAGCGGUGCAAGCACUGAAAGAGAUCCCUGAAAUUAACGCUGAGAUCUCAGGCGAUGAAAUCAUAUAUAAACAUUACUAUGACAUAGGUGUUGCUGUUGGCACUGACAAAGGCCUUGUUGUGCCAGUUAUUCGGAAUGCUGAUCAGAUGUCAUUCGCAGAAAUUGAGUUAACUUUAGUUGCUCUUGGCAAAAAAGCUCGUGAAGGUAAAUUACAAGUAUCAGAAAUGGAAGGUGCAACAUUUACUAUCUCAAACGGUGGAGUAUACGGUUCACUUCUUUCCACUCCGAUAAUAAACCCUCCGCAAUCUGGAAUACUUGGAAUGCAUUCAAUACAAAACAGGCCAGUUGCUGUUGGCAACUCAAUUGAAAUUAGACCUAUGAUGUACAUUGCCCUCUCCUACGACCACAGAAUAGUUGACGGCAAAGGAGCAGUAACUUUCCUUGUUAAGGUAAAAAAUUACAUAGAAGAUCCAAAUAGAUUAGUUUUGGAAGUAUAA